ACCCAUUGUGGUGGGGUAGCACCUAGUGUGUCUGCAUACUUUCAUCUGUUAAUUCAAAGAUUUGGGAAGCAAAAGGACUCAACUCGUGUCACUGUAAAAUCUAGUCCUCUAGAGUACUGGAAUCUCCAGAACUGACCUCUAUUCAGCUGUGUUGAGAGUGGAUCUACGUGAAACUUCUAUCAGGCCUGGUCGGACCCCAUUCUACUGCUCUGCCCCUGGGCCAUGGUACAUCAGAGUGUAGAAGCUACAAUAUGAGCGUAACUCCAACCACCACCCUGGACAGCCAGCUGACCACUACCUGGGGCCCAACUAACUCCUACCCUGAUGUGCCAAUGGUGAUGUCUGGUUACACAAGUCGCCUGUGGCCUCACGACUCCCAGCCUCAGUUCUGGACUAAGUACCAGGUGUGGGAGUGGCUGCAGCAAGUCAUGGACAUGCACCAAAUCGAUGCCUCCAGCAUUCCCUUCCAAAACUUUGACAUGGAUGGCCAUCAGCUCUGCAGCAUGAGCUACCAGGACUUCAUCCGUGCUGCCGGCAGCAUGGGACCCAUUCUCUUCCACACCAUCACAGAGCUCAAGUGGAGCGGUCAGUACCAUGUGGAAAUAGGGCAAAUGGAACUCAAACCAGAGCAUUUCUCCUGUCCAUUUCCAGAUGUCAGCUAUCCACCUGGAGAAAUCUAUGAUCCCUCGAUUCACCCCCUCGCACCCGUUGUCUCUCCCACCCCUUCUAGUCCUGACAUAAAAAGAACCCACAAUCGCUCUCAUCAGGUCAAAAAACACAACCCACGGGGCACCCACUUGUGGGAGUUCAUCAGGGACAUUCUAUUGAACCCAGAGCGAAACCCAGGGCUGAUCAAGUGGGAGGAUCGAACAGAGGGGGUUUUCCGCUUCCUGAAGUCAGAGGCAGUGGCACAGUUAUGGGGCAAAAAGAAGAAUAACAGCAGCAUGACCUACGAGAAACUAAGUCGGGCGAUGAGAUAUUACUACAAAAGAGAAAUCCUAGAACGAGUAGACGGACGCAGACUGGUUUACAAGUUUGGAAGGAAUGCAAGAGGAUGGAGGGAGUCAGAGAAGUGACAAUUUCAUUAAUUUAUAUUUUGUUUGAUGUUGAAUGCAAAUGUGGUGUUUUAUUAUUGUUUCAACUGACUGUUUUUGAUAAAGAUAUGUUUGAACUGUUUACACAUUGUUGAUGAUUGUAUGUUUGCCUCAUUACUUUUUUCUUUAAAUUCAUUCCUUUGUUGUGACACUGCACUGAGAUGUUUUUUAGUUCUGCUUUAUUGAAAAAAAAAGCCUUUGCUUAUUUUACCAGCACGCCAGCAGUCAAACCUCACACACACACGCUUAGAAAGGACGAAACAGAUAUCAAAACAGACAAAAACAUAAAACAUGAUGAAUGCUGGCUUUCUCGCAUUUUUUUUUUUUUUUACAAAUCAGAUAUUUUCUACUGUUCAAGUCCCAAAGGAGCGCAUGUUGAUAUAGAAUUGAAACACAUGUGGCAAACAGAUGUGUGCUUAGUGUUUUGACACUGAUACUAUGAAGUGUUCUUUGGGAAGAAUGCUUGAUCACUGCAUAAAAACAAAACAAAACAAAAAUAACAAUAGUGAAAUAAAAUGACACAAGCACAAUGCAGCAAUGAAGGGCAAGUGACAAUGUAUAAAUAUUUACAGUAAAUCAACAGUAUGGUUUGUCUUAUUUGGUUCAUUUCAUAGUUUGCAUUCAUUGAGCUGUAAAUAAAUUGUGAAAACAUUUGUUGAUGUUUAAUACAAAUAAAGUUUGGGACUGUUUUUAUUUAAUGAAGCCAUUUUUCCGACCUUGUAUGUUUAGGUGUCAUUGUCAAGAAAAGGACAACUCCUGAGAGUUUUAAUUGUUAUGAGACCAAGAGAUAUUAUUCUGAUGUUAUAUCAGUCAGCAUUUUGGUUUUGAUCUACGACCCAAACUGCAGCUGUUCUUUCCCAGACUUGAUUAUUAUUGAGUUGACUGACAACAUAUAGUGUGACUUAGAUCUGCAGCCGUAGGCCCUGUUCCCAGUAAAUCAUGUCCCCAUGCACUCAGAGAUAAUGCAGGUCGUUUACGUUUUAUCAUGACGGCGUGAAAUGCCACACAGUUAAUUGUUCGGCAGUGCGUGCCACCGCUGCCACACUGGUUCCUGCAGGCAGCAGGUGAAUGACUGGGUCUCGAUGGCCCAGCAAGAUUAAAGUAAUGUCAAUAAAAGGCUCUUCUCUUCAA